AUUUUCAUAUUUGGGAGGUGUAAUUUUUAAAACUAGUGACAAUGGGAAAUCCUUAUCGGUGUUCUUUUAUGUCUUAUCUAGUUAACAUAACAUAGUGUUAGUUGGAGAACCCAUGAUGGGAACAAUUACGUUCCCUUGAAUUACUGGGCUAAAUAUGCUCCUUUUUUGCAAUUGCCAGCUUGAAAAGCUCAUAAAUGCUAAUUCAACUGAGGUUGAUUGGGAACGUUCCUUCUAUUUGAAUUUAGUCGCUCACACGUCAUAUACUGUCACAGUGGCAUUGUGCAGUAUCAGCAAUCUUCGCAAUCGUGCAGACAAAAGCAAGCGGUUGCCUCCAAUUUACAAGGUUUCAAAAACUGUAUAUGCAUCCCCUAGCCGUGUAAAUUUCCGCCUUGAUCAAAGAAAGGCUGUAGAGACAGUACCUGCAUAUCCGAACAUUUAUUUCUCAGUUGAUGACUUCGAUGAUCCUUUUGAUGCUGUGGUUUUGUCAGACCCAGAACACUGCUAUUGUGUGAUUCUCAAUGCGCAUGAUGGGGCAGCAUUUCCUGAAGAAAGCGAAUCAAGCAAUGUCGGUUCAAAUAUACAAUCUGGGAUCAACUCUGGGAGCAGUGGAGAGAACCCACCAAAGGUUCACUCUCUUCCUAAAUGAAGGUUUCAUCGUGAUGACCGCAGCUC